GCCGGCUGGGCGCGGAGCUGCGACGAGCCCGGCUGCAGCAGCAUGCCGAACCGCAGAGGCCUGGACAAGGCGCUGAAGAUGCCUCUGCGGAGGAAACCCAAGAUCCACUCGGCUGCUGGACCCAUUUGCUCCUCUUCGGGCUACCAGAAGGCGGAUGAUGAGAUGUCCGGGGCCACGUCCUCCGCGGACCAGGAGGAGGCAGCCGCCCGCACCAUUUACUUGAACCAGCCCCAGCAGAGCAAGUUCCACGACAACCGGGUCAGCACAGCCAAGUACAGCGUGGUGACGUUUCUACCUCGAUUCUUGUAUGAGCAGAUCAGAAAAGCUGCUAAUGCUUUCUUCCUCUUCAUUGCCUUACUGCAGCAAAUUCCAGAUGUCUCUCCAACUGGAAGAUAUACCACCUUGGUGCCAUUGCUCUUUAUUCUCACAGUUGCUGGCAUCAAGGAGAUUAUAGAAGACUAUAAAAGACACAAGGCUGACAGUACAGUGAACAAAAAGAAAACAGUGGUUUUAAGAAAUGAGAUGUGGCAGAAUAUUAUGUGGAAAGAGGUGGCAGUGGGAGACAUUCUGAAAGUCACCAAUGGGCAGCAUCUCCCAGCAGACAUGAUCAUUUUAUCUACCAGUGAACCUCAGGCUAUGUGCUAUAUUGAAACAUCAAAUCUUGAUGGGGAGACUAACCUUAAAAUACGACAGGGCUUGACACAGACUGCUGGUCUCCAGUCAAGAGAAGACGUGAUGAAAGUAUCUGGGAGGAUAGAGUGUGAAGGGCCCAACCGUCACCUCUAUGACUUCACCGGGAACCUGCGCUUAGAUGGCCAAAGUCCUGUUCCAAUUGGGCCUGACCAGAUCUUACUAAGAGGCGCACAGAUAAGGAACACUCAGUGGGUUUUAGGAAUAGUUGUCUACACAGGACAUGACACGAAACUUAUGCAGAAUUCAACCAAAGCUCCCCUGAAGAGAUCAAAUGUGGAAAAAGUGACCAAUAUGCAGAUUCUCAUUUUGUUUUGCAUCCUGCUCGUCAUGGCUCUAGUGAGUUCUGUGGGUGCCUUACUAUGGAACAGAAGACAUGGAGAAGACAUUUGGUACUUUGGCUCAAACGAAGCACUCUCGGUCAAUUUUGGAUACAAUCUGCUCACCUUCAUAAUCUUGUACAACAACCUCAUUCCCAUCAGUCUCUUGGUGACUCUGGAAGUCGUGAAGUUUACUCAGGCUCUUUUUAUAAACUGGGACAUCGAUAUGUAUUAUCAUGAAACAGAUACACCUGCAAUGGCCAGGACUUCAAACCUUAAUGAGGAACUUGGCCAGGUAAAAUACCUGUUUUCUGAUAAAACAGGCACUUUAACAUGCAAUAUUAUGAACUUUAAGAAAUGCAGUAUUGCUGGUGUAACAUAUGGUCACUUUCCAGAAUUGGCAAGAGAAUGUUCAUCAGAAGACUUCAGCCAACUUCCUCCUUCCACCAGCGAAUCUUGUGAAUUUGAUGACCCAAGGCUGUUGCAAAAUGUUGAGAGUGAUCAUCCCACAGCGACUCACAUCCGAGAAUUCCUCACUCUCCUGGCUGUGUGUCACACUGUUGUUCCAGAAAGGGAUGGAAACACGAUAAUCUACCAGGCCUCUUCUCCAGAUGAAGGAGCUUUAGUGAAAGGAGCAAAAAAACUUGGCUACGUCUUCACCGGAAGGACUCCGGAUUCUGUUAUCAUUGAUGCACUAGGAAAAGAAGAGACAUUUGAAAUCCUUAAUGUAUUGGAAUUUUCAAGUGACAGAAAAAGAAUGUCUGUAAUUGUUCGGACUCCAGAAGGGCAAUUGCGUUUGUACUGCAAAGGAGCCGAUAACGUCAUUUUUGAGAGACUGUCCAAAGAUUCCCAAUACAUGGAGCCAACGCUGUGCCAUCUUGAAUAUUUUGCCACAGAAGGUUUGAGGACUCUGUGCAUUGCGUAUGCAGACCUGUCGGAAAACUCUUACCGCGAUUGGCUGACUAUCUAUAAUGAAGCCAGCACAACCUUGAAGGACAGAACUCAGAAGCUGGAGGAGUGCUAUGAGAUUAUUGAGAAGGAUUUACUGCUUCUUGGUGCUACGGCCAUCGAGGACCGCCUUCAAGCAGGUGUUCCAGAAACGAUAUCCACUUUAAUUAAAGCAGAAAUCAAGAUUUGGGUACUGACAGGGGACAAACAGGAAACGGCUCUGAACAUAGGAUAUUCCUGCAGGCUCGUGUCCCAGAGUAUGACUCUUAUCCUUGUGAAUGAAGAUUCUUUGGACGCAACAAGAGCUGCACUGACCCAACACUGUGCAAACCUGGGCAAUUCAUUGGGCAAAGAGAAUGAUAUCGCUUUGAUUAUUGAUGGCCAGACGCUGAAGUAUGCUCUUUCCUUUGAGGUGCGGCAAUCCUUCCUGGACUUAGCACUAUCAUGCAAGGCUGUCAUCUGUUGCAGGGUGUCUCCUCUGCAGAAGUCUGAAAUAGUUGACAUGGUAAAGAAGCAUGUGAAUGCCAUCACCCUGGCCAUUGGGGAUGGCGCCAACGACGUGGGGAUGAUCCAGACGGCUCAUGUUGGAGUGGGGAUCAGUGGCAAUGAAGGCAUGCAGGCAACCAAUUCCUCCGAUUACGCCAUAGCACAGUUUUCCUACUUGGAGAAGCUGUUACUUGUCCAUGGAGCCUGGAGUUACAAUCGAGUGACGAAAUGCAUAUUGUAUUGCUUUUAUAAGAAUGUGGUUCUGUAUAUUAUUGAGCUUUGGUUUGCAUUCGUUAAUGGAUUUUCUGGGCAGAUUUUAUUUGAGCGGUGGUGCAUUGGCCUCUACAAUGUGAUUUUCACGGCAUUGCCUCCCUUCACCUUGGGAAUCUUUGAGCGAUCAUGCACUCAAGACAACAUGCUUAGGUUUCCCCAGCUCUACAAAAUUACUCAAAAUGCUGAUGGGUUCAAUAGCAGGGUGUUCUGGGGUCACUGCAUCAAUGCCUUGAUCCACUCCAUCAUUCUCUUUUGGUUUCCGUUAAAAGCACUGGAACAUGAUGCAGUAUUUACAAAUGGCCAGAGUGUAGACUAUCUCUUUGUUGGAAACAUAGUUUAUACGUAUGUUGUGGUGACGGUCUGUUUGAAAGCUGGUUUAGAAACCACAGCAUGGACAAAAUUCAGUCACUUGGCUGUUUGGGGAAGCAUGCUGCUCUGGCUGGUCUUCUUUGGUGUUUACUCUACCAUCUGGCCCAUCAUUCCAAUUGCUCCAGACAUGCUUGGACAGAGAAUAUGUGAAGUACAGCAACACCUUGCAUAAUUUACACUAAAAAGCCUCCAAAAACAAUUGUGGAAUAAUGGCACAGACUAUUUUGCGGAACAGUCUCCAGUGGACAUAAGGAGUGUCUCAGUUUGCAAAAAAUAAAACAGUGGGAGAUGAAAUAUAUUCUAGCAAAUGUCUAGGUGUGCUCUAUGUUUUUAAUUGACCAUGCCCACCCUUCCUUCAGUGGUUUAAGCAUAGCAGGCUGAACACAUGCAUCUUGGGCAGGUCAAGUUUGUUUUCUCCAACAGCUAGAUUCAUUGCUUAAAUAGCAACAUACUGUUGUAAUCAGUCUAAUUUUACAUCAAAGCUUAAGUUUCAGAUUCAACUGUUCAUAGAAAUAGAACAUAACCUCCAGUUUGAAACACGAAAGGCUGCCUUCAUCAUCAUGUGACACUAACCAAUAAAAAGACUUUGAAAUUAAUAAAUUAAUAAAUUUCUAGGAUGAAUAAUGAAUGAAGUAUAAUUUUCUAAGUUAGAUUCUCUAUAGAAACAGUAGUAACACGGGAAAGAAGCAAAGUAAGAAGAACAUGAACAAACACAAAAAAUGUAAUUCUCCAUCUUUGGAAAUGCAGUCCUGAUUGCAAAUGGUGCUACCACUCACCAUAUGCUCAGAGGCACAUGUUACUAAAUUAUUCCAAGCUACACAGGAAGUGAUUUGAACUGUGAAAGACCAACCCAAAUUGUGUUUGCAUUUUGACAAAUGUGUAGGGCAGUGCAAUAUCUCAGAGAAAAGGUCAGGUCUCCUGUUCCCCUGGUGCAUUCACUGUAGCUGCCCAAUCUCCCUGCUUUUUAACAUUUGAUAGAAA